AUGGAAGACCAGUUGGAUACAGAGACCAUUGAGCAGCGCGGCACCAAACGCCCGGCCGAAGAGACCGGGACUCAAGGGGCCCCCAAACCGAAGAAGAUUAAGGCUCUGGACCCUGAUGUUGUGAACAAGAUCGCGGCUGGAGAGAUUAUUGUCGCACCAAUGCAUGCGCUGAAGGAGCUGAUUGAAAAUGCAGUCGACGCUGGCUCCACCUCCAUUGAAGUCCUAGUCAAGGACGGAGGCCUGAAACUACUUCAAAUUACCGAUAAUGGCCAUGGCAUUGAUCGAGAUGAUCUUCCCAUUCUUUGCGAAAGAUUUACCACAUCCAAGCUGAAGGAGUUUGAGGAUCUCUCCUCUAUCGGAACAUAUGGAUUCCGCGGUGAAGCACUGGCCAGUAUCAGUCACAUCGCACAUCUAACUGUCACGACAAAGACAGCUGGUUCUAGCUGUGCGUGGCGAGCGCAUUACGGAGAUGGGAAGCUGAUUCCUGCGAAGCCGGGACAGAAUGCGGCACCCAAGGUAACGGCUGGACGGGGAGGGACUCAGAUCACAGUUGAGGAUCUAUUUUAUAAUGUUCCUACUCGACGCAGAGCCUUCCGCUCAGCGAGUGAAGAGUAUGCCAAAAUCCUUGAUGUGGUUGGCCGAUAUGCUGUCCAUUGCUCUGGAGUUGCAUUCUCAUGCCGCAAACACGGUGAUUCUGGCGUGAGUAUUUCCACGCCAGCUAGCGCCAAUACUGUCGACCGGAUCCGCCAGAUCCACGGCAGUGCCGUCGCGAACGAGGUUGUUGAAUUCAAUUCCGAAGACAAGAAGUUUGGCUUUCGAUCAUCUGGCUUUGCUACCAAUGCCAACUAUCAUGUCAAGAAGACAGUAAUUCUGCUUUUCAUCAACCACCGUGCAGUCGAGUCAACAGCUUUCAAGCGCGCAGUCGAACAGACAUAUUCGGCAUUUUUACCCAAGGGUGGUCACCCUUUCGUCUACCUUGAUCUCGAGAUUGAACCCAACCGUGUCGAUGUCAAUGUACAUCCAACAAAGCGCGAGGUCAACUUCUUGAACGAAGACGAAAUCAUCGAGCUUGUCUGCACCGACAUCCGAUCCAAGCUCGCGGAGGUGGACUCAAGUCGGACAUUCCUAACCCAAAGUCUUCUGCCUACCGUGCCAACCAUCCAGUCCCUACAGGAUGACAGAAAUGAGCCCAAAGAUGGAACAGAUACAACAAAAGGAGCAACACCCAAGACACCAGCAACAACCAAAAAGCCCUACGAAAACAACCUCAUCCGAACAGACUCCAAAGUCCGCAAAAUCACAGCAAUGCUAGCACCCUCGCCGCGAGACCCAUCCAAUCCCAGCGCCCCAGAAACCGACAACCAAACCUCCUCCCUCCUCGAGGAAGGCCUCCAAUACACAACAACAGACCGCCAACCCCUCCGCAUAGCCCUAUCCUCAAUAAAAGCCCUCCGAGCAAACGUCCGCGCCGAAAUGCACAACACCCUAACAGAAAUGUUCGCAACACACACCUACGUCGGCUUAGUCGACGAACAGCGCCGCCUUGCAGCAAUCCAGUCCGGCGUAAAACUCUACCUAAUAGACUACGGCCUAACAAGCAACGAACUCUUCUACCAAAUCGGCCUAACAGACUUCGGCAAUUUCGGCACAAUAAAACUAGCCCCAGCACCAAAGUUGACAGACCUCCUCAAAAUCGCUGCAGAUGAAGAAAGACAAGAACACUCAACCCAAGACUCAACUCAGAAAGACGCAGAUAUCAUCUUCGCAAAUGCACCGGACAUGAUCGCCCGCACUCUCGUCGAACGCCGCGAAAUGCUAAAUGAGUAUUUCUCUAUGCAGAUCAGUUCGGAGGGCCACCUUCUCUCGAUACCCCUGCUGUUGAAGGGGUAUGUGCCCGCCCUGUCGAAACUACCUCGCUUCCUACUCCGUCUUGGACCGUACGUCGACUGGACUAGUGAGGAGGGGUGUUUCCGGUCGUUUUUGCGUGAGCUUGCGGCUUUCUAUACGCCUGAGCAACUUCCCGUUCUUGCGGGGGAUGCAGAUGCAUCAGGGUCUGCAUCUGGGCCUGCACCUGCACCUGCGCCUGCACCUGCAGACCCCACGACUGAGCCGGUUGUAACCGAUGGAUCGUCCUCGCCCUCGUCCGAGCUGGAUGCAAAUGCAUUUAUUCGGGCGCGCCGGACGCAGAUCAUUCGGAUGUUGGAGUACGUUCUUUUCCCGGCUGUGCGGGCUCGACUGGUUGCCACGUCACGGUUGUUGCGUGGUGUUGUUGAGGUUGCUGAUUUGAAGGGUUUGUAUCGGGUGUUUGAGCGGUGUUGA